GACCUACUUUGUGACUUUCAGCCGGAUUCAGCCCUCACAUUCCAGAAAACAUGACCCUCGCUGCCUACAAAGAGAAGAUGAAGGAGCUUCCACUGGUGUCCUUGUUCUGCUCCUGUUUUCUGGCCGAUCCCCUGAAUAAAUCAUCCUAUAAAUAUGAAGGCUGGUGUGGGAGACAGUGUAGGAGGAAAGAUCAAAGCCAGCGGAAAGACAGUGCUGACUGGAGAGAAAGAAGAGAGCAGGCAGACACAGUGGACCUGAACUGGUGUGUAAUUUCUGACAUGGAAGUCAUCGAGCUGAACAAAUGUACCUCGGGCCAGUCCUUUGAAGUCAUCCUGAAGCCACCCUCCUUUGAUGGGGUUCCUGAGUUCAAUGCCUCCCUACCCAGGCGGCGAGACCCAUCACUGGAAGAGAUCCAGAAGAAACUAGAAGCAGCUGAGGAGCGAAGGAAGUACCAGGAAGCUGAGCUCCUGAAGCACCUGGCAGAGAAACGAGAACAUGAGCGGGAGGUGAUCCAAAAAGCCAUUGAGGAAAACAACAAUUUCAUCAAGAUGGCUAAGGAAAAACUGGCUCAGAAGAUGGAAUCCAAUAAGGAGAACCGGGAGGCCCACCUUGCCGCCAUGUUGGAACGGCUGCAAGAGAAGGACAAGCACGCGGAGGAGGUGCGGAAAAACAAGGAGCUGAAGGAAGAGGCCUCCAGGUAAAGCCCAGAGGCCAAAGAAGUUUCCAGAACAGCCGGACAGCUCCAGCAGCUCCGCAGUUCCCGAGGCAGCCUCGUCCGCCGUCGGCUGCU